GCAGACACGGCAUCACUGCCAUCACUGGACGCUGAUUCCUCCAUUUUGCUUUUCCACGUGGAUUUAUAGCCUCCUGUCCGCUCCGUUGACGGUUUGCGCUUUAUUUCGUACAUUUCAUUGUGAUUUGUGUUCCGACUUCAAUCGUCUGUCUACUGCUAGCCGUAUAAUUCCUACGCAUUUACAUUUUCUGGCUCUAAUAACGUUUCAUUUAUUAUAAAAAUAAGAUGACUGACAAACCUGUAACGGAGAUGCCUGUUGCACAAAACGAAGUCAAGUCUAGCUGGGCUGAUGAAGUCGAAGAGGAAGGAGGAGCAUUACCCGCGCCUUCGGAGGUCUAUGAAAAUGGUUUGAAAAUUCUCACGGAGUAUAAAUACAAUCAAGAUAAUAAAAAAGUUAAGGUUGUACGCGUCUACAAGAUCGAGCGACGUAUUGUAUCGAAAACAAUUGCGGCACGUAAAAAUUGGGCAAAGUUUGGCGAUUCUGCUGACGACAGGCCAGGACCUAAUCCAGCCACUACUGUCGGUGGUGAGGAUGUAUUUAUGCAAUUCAUAUCCAGCAAAGAAGAAGAGAACAAGGUAGAGGAAGAUUCCUUGGAUAAAUUGAAGAGCAUGGGCGAUAAAGGAGUUGUCAAAUGCCGUAACUGCAACGGCGAUCAUUGGACGUCCAAGUGUCCAUACAAAGAUACUGUUCUUGCUGGUGGAAAAGUACCAGAUGACAAGAAACCUCUCGUUAAUACAGGAAUACCCGGUGCAAUAGCUGAACUUAAACCACAAGGUGGCAAGUAUGUGCCACCUGGUAUGCGCGAUGGUGGCAACAAACGUGGCGAUUCAAUGCAGAUGCAGAGACGUGACGACACAACCGCCAUACGUAUUUCCAAUCUUUCGCAGAGUACUACAGAUGCGGAUCUGGACGAACUUGUGAAGCCGUUCGGUUCCGUGGUGAAGCAGUUUCUCGCCAAGGAGAAGCUUUCCAAUCUGUGCAAAGGUUUCGCAUAUGUACAUUUUAAACACAGAGCUGAUGCCGCGAGAGCGAUCGCUACUUUGGAUGGUUACGGUUACGAUCAUCUCAUUCUAAGCGUCGAAUGGUCAAAACCACAAGUUCAAAACAAUUGAAAUAAAUAAUUCAUUUAAUUUUAAAUAUAAGGAUUUUCAAAUAGAUAUUAUAUGUAUUAUUUAUAUUAUACAUUUAUUUAAUUUAAUAUGUUUAACCCUCUGUGUCUAAAUUCUUUAAAGAUCCAAAGAGGCAAAUUUUCAAUUUUUAAAUAUUCUGUCUCAAAUUCGGAUACGUACAAAAAAGUGAAAAAGUUUCGGGUCAAGCAAUUGUAAGAUCGUAUUCUGAAAUCUUGAAAGUCUAUCAGAAUUUUUUCCAAUUUUUCAGAAUUCAAAAAUUCUUUUAAAAACGUUAAGUUGUCAGUUAAAAAACUGUCCAAUCGGGAAGUAAAUUCGGGUUCGGAAUCUGCAGGCUAUAGUCCUCUGAAAGGGAAAAGAAUAUUGAAGACUAGUGCUUGUAAAAAUAAUGUAGUAGUAGUUGUUUCUGAAAAUUCGAAAAAGGAAAUUGAAAACUGGUUCGAUGUCAGGAGUCAAAGUUGAUGCUGAUACGCCAAUCUGAAACCGGAAAAGAAGAAGAAAGGCCAAUAACCUGACUGGUAAUUAGAAAAACCGAGCAAAAAAAAAACAGACCACGGAGAGUUAAUUAUCACAAAAUAAAAUUC